CUUCACCACAUCUGUAUCCAUAUAUUCCUACCCGGUGAUAUACUAGACAGUAUUCGGACCGUAAGCUUCACCGUCUCAGGCUCAUGAGGCACGAUAUUGUAGGUUUGCAUGCAAGUCUGUCACGACGACGCUCCGUUAGUACCUACACUUCGCUGUGUUGUCACAAUGCCUGCAUGUUUUGCGUCGAGGCACCAGGAGGUCAUGACGACAUUCUCGCUCGAUCGUCAGCGUUCGUCGACGUCAUCUGGAGGUCGAAGACUUCGGUGAACUCAUUUGCGCUCCCUUCUGUCUCGAGCACACAACCAUACCAUCGUCUGUCCAACACAAUUCCAAGAGAUGAUCGUGCAUGAUACAAGCAUGAGUGAGCGCGAGCUCUUUCUCCGACAACAACAUAUUGAUCCGUGUUGCGGCCGCGGGGCCAUUCAAGGACGUCAGUCCGUGCUGCCUCGAGGACCCUCGGCCUGCGGUUGCACCUCCUCUCCGGCGGUGUUCGUCUGUUCAGCUUGCUUACUCUGAUCAUGUAUCUGAUCCGUGUCCUCCGUCCAGCUGUCGUAUUCUAGGAAGUUAUGCAUAGUGCUCAAUAUACCUCGUCCAUGCGAGCGUGGCAUAUUCCGCCUGACGAGCUCGUCCAACCGAUCGUACCGUUCUCGCAGUGCUGAACCCAUCCCA